AUCCAUUUAAAUUCUUUCGAAGGGCCGGCUUCAUCGGAAACCUAGAACCUGAGGUAGCUAGGGUUUCACUAAAACCUCGUUUCCCAAUCCAACCUUGCCUGCCGCAGUGCUUCUUGCAGUCGUUUCGUUUAAAACUGCACUGCCUGCGUAUAUUCCACAUUCGCCCCUGUUCCCUGGCUGCCUGCACAAGUCAAUUUCCUACGUUCUGCCUACCGGAGUUGCAAGAUGUAUACUGCAUUGCAGAAAAUUCACAAGGACAAGAAUGUUGAACCCACAGAAUUUGAAGAAAAUGUUGCGCAGGCAUUGUUUGAUUUGGAAAAUACGAACCAAGAGAUUAAGAGCGACUUGAAAGAUCUCUACAUUAACUCAGCUAUGCAGAUAGAUGUAUCUGGUGGCAAAAAAGCUGUUGUCAUCCAUGUUCCUUAUCGAUUGAGAAAAUCUUUCCGCAAGAUUCACCCUAGACUUGUGAGAGAACUUGAAAAGAAAUUCAGUGGAAAGGAAGUUGUCCUCAUUGCUACUCGAAGAAUAUUGCGCCCACCAAAGAAGGGUUCUUCUGUACAGAGGCCCCGAACUCGCACACUAACUGCUGUGCAUGAAGCAAUGCUUGAGGAUAUUGUUUAUCCUGCUGAGAUUGUGGGCAAACGCAUCAGAUAUAGACUUGAUGGGUCCAAGAUUAUGAAGGUUUUUCUGGAUCCAAAGUCGGAGAAUGACACUGAGAAUAAAUUGGAGACAUUUGCUGGUGUCUAUAGGAAGCUCUCAGGGAAAGAUAUUGUCUUCGAAUAUCCCCAUACAGAAGCUUAAUUGUGCUUCUGUCUCUACAACUGCAUCUUACAUUACCUAUGAUUGUUUUUUUGCAAUUUUUUUUCUUUAUUGUUUUAUCUUUUAUUCGUCUCAAUGUCCUAAAUUUUGACCAUGAACAAGUAUUGACUGAUUCACUGGCUUGCUUUAUUGGA